UAAAUCGUGUACGUCGUGAUAAAUGUCUCUCGAGAGGCCACUAGUCUGAGAUUGUAAUCUUCCGCUCCCCACCGGUGAUACCGUAAGCUCAUCCGCAUCGGGGAAACGUGGAAUCACGAUUACCAGCCGCGUUGUUAGUAGUCAACUUGCAGAAGACGUUGAGUUCACUUGGAAGCGCUAUCGUUCCAUCAGAUAUCGCCUUCAUAUCUCUUAUCCAGCUUGUCAUCGCACCAAUGUCGUGAUGUUUUCGAAUGUUAGCGGAAAUUUUUAUAAACGAUCGCAAGAAGUUAAUGUAGUCUGACCCUGACUGAUAGCUAUUGCGACAACUCACGAGGUGGGGAUUAACGUUUUUAACUGUGCAUACACUCGGUCAGUGGUCACAAAGCGCUUGGCAGUGUCUACAGCUUGCUACAAGUAACUGCAAAGAUGUCUCUCGAUAAGCUAUUUGAGGAUGCUGCUGAAUCUGUAAAGACUCUUACUACGCGUCCGAGUGACGAGGAACUUUUGGAAAUUUAUGCCCUAUAUAAACAAGCUACAGUUGGUGAUAAUGAAACAUCCAAGCCUGGCAUGUUUGACCUGAAAGGAAAAGCAAAGUGGGAAGCUUGGAACAAGAAAAAGGGAAUCGUCAAAGAAACGGCGAAGCAAGCCUACAUCGAUUACGUUAACAAGAUAUUAGACAAAUACAAAUAGUUUCAUAUAAAUGGUCGCUGUUAUAAUCUUCUAAACAUAAGAAAUUGUCAAUUCUAUCCUUACAUUUUUUCUACAUAUAUGAGGUUAUGUACGAUUAUGGGUAUCAUUUUCUUAAUACAUGUAAUUUGUACAUUUA